CCUGAAAGGUGACGGAUGAUCAUUUGCGCAUUGUCACGUACUGUGGCGGAGUUUGAAGACACCACUGUCGGGAGCUUUAUGGGGAUCCCGGCACUACUUCCGGUUCAAGAUGCCCAUCAUGGCGGAGCAGAGGAUGGAUGUUGACGUAGCUACUAACCAUGAAGGGAUCAAACAGUACUACGUCAGUAAAAUUGAAGAGCUGCAACUUGUUGUGACUGAAAAGACCCAGAACUUACGACGAUUAGAAGCUCAGAGAAAUGAAUUGAAUGCAAAAGUGAGGAUGUUGAGAGAGGAGUUACAGCUGCUGCAGGAGCAGGGAUCGUAUGUUGGAGAAGUAGUGAAACCAAUGGACAAGAAGAAAGUGCUUGUGAAGGUUCAUCCAGAAGGAAAAUUUGUUGUUGAUUUAGACAAGAACAUUGACAUCAACACUGUCACACCUAACUGUAGAGUUGCCCUCAGAAAUGACAGUUAUGUUCUCCACAAGAUUUUGCCAAACAAGGUUGAUCCCUUAGUGAGUCUGAUGAUGGUGGAGAAGGUCCCCGACUCGACGUACGAGAUGGUAGGAGGUCUGGACAAGCAGAUAAAGGAGAUCAAGGAAGUUAUUGAACUCCCUGUCAAACAUCCAGAACUGUUUGAAGCCCUGGGAAUAGCUCAACCCAAGGGAGUACUGUUGUACGGACCUCCUGGAACUGGCAAGACUCUUCUGGCACGAGCUGUGGCCCAUCACACUGAGUGUACUUUCAUCAGAGUGUCUGGUUCAGAACUUGUACAGAAGUUUAUUGGCGAGGGCUCAAGGAUGGUCAGGGAGCUCUUUGUCAUGGCAAGAGAACAUGCACCCUCUAUUAUCUUCAUGGAUGAGAUCGAUUCAAUUGGAUCAUCACGUUUAGAAGGAGGUUCAGGAGGUGAUAGUGAGGUACAGAGGACUAUGCUGGAGCUACUUAAUCAGUUGGAUGGUUUCGAACCGAAACAGAAUAUCAAAGUUAUUAUGGCCACCAACAGAAUCGACAUCCUUGACUCAGCUUUACUACGUCCAGGCCGUAUAGACAGAAAGAUAGAAUCCCCACCCAAUGAGGAGGCUCGACUAGACAUCCUGAAAAUCCACUCAAGAAAAAUGAACCUGACCCGUGGCAUCAAUUUACGCAAAAUUGCCGAAAUGAUGCCAGGUGCAUCAGGAGCAGAAGUUAAGGGUGUGUGUACAGAGGCAGGAAUGUAUGCUCUGAGAGAGAGGAGAGUGCACGUCACACAGGAAGAUUUUGAACUGGCUGUAGCAAAGAUCAUGUUGAAGGAUGCAGAGAAGAACAUUUCAAUCAAGAAACAGUGGAAGUAAUUCUCUACAUAGUGAAGAGACUGGAAUGUUUCAUGCUGGAAAACAAAUUUGAGAAUGGUUGUUUCCAAGCAUUGCUUAUUUAAACAAAAUACCAUGUGUAGUAUGGGUGUCAGGUAGUCAGUCAGUCAUGUUCAUUGACAUCGUUUCAUGUAACAUCCAACCUUAGGCUUGAUUCUGCUGGCUACCUGGUUAUAUCCUGUUGAUGGUGAGUUUCUUUGUCAUCAGAUUGUUGUUUCCAUCUCAGAAAUAAAACAUGUAUGUACA